AUGUAUGUUGGAGUGACAGAUCCGCGUGACACCAAGUUGACUAUCCGCCAGACAAGGGGAGCCGCUCUCAAGGAAUCCUAUGUCUGGAUCCUCCGCCAUCCUCAGUUCCAAUGUUGGCGCGAUAGCAACGACAGCCAGGUCCUUUGGAUCAAGGGUAACCCCGGCAAAGGCAAGACGAUGCUACUCUGUGGCAUCAUCGACGAGCUUUACCCGACCUCAAAGCUGGCAGAUCCUCAAGCCAAAACCCUCCUAUCGUUCUUUUUCUGCCAAGCCACCAUCCCCAAGCUGAGUAACGCUCAUGCUGUCCUGCGCAGUUUGAUCUACAUGCUUGUGGACACGCAGCCAGUGUUACUCUCCUCUAUACAAAAAAGAUUUAAGGACACCGGGGAGCUGCGAUUUAGGGAUGCGGAGGUAUGGGUUGCCCUGUGCAAUAUGUUCUCAGAUAUCUUACAGAGCGCGAGCGCAGACAAGAUCUAUAUUGUGGUCGAUGCUCUCGACGAAUGCAUGCAGGACGAAGGCAAACUAUUACAAUUCAUUCUCCAUAAGACAAAUAAAUUGCCGCAUGUUAAAUGGAUCAUUUUGAGCCGGAACUAUGUUGAGCAACGCACAAGGCUCGUAAACUCGCAAUCAGUACUGAGCCUAGAAUUACAGGAGAAAUGCAGAUCUUGUAUCGGUGGCUAUUGGAGCUUAUAUUUCCAACAGAAUAGCAGAGCUUAA